CUUGUUCUUUGGCUACGAAUGGACGACCACAUAUCGGUCUCAUUUUGCCCUAAAAUUCCCAGGGACCUUCUGGAUGUCAGCUAAUGUCUCCAUGGCAAUUAUGUUGUUGAUUUUUCUACUGCAGCUCAUCAGCAGCUUUGAGGGUUUAUCGGGAGCCGAACAUGAAACGCUGUGCAACUCUAACGCCUGCUUCACCCUACAUAUGGAGAGGGCGAGCUUUGAGAAGGCCCAGCAGAACUGUGAGGAUAAUGGAGGUAAUCUGAUGACAGUCAGAGACGGACAUGAAGAGGAUGUGCUGCACUCACUUCUCUCUCUGUUACAAGGACAACAUCAGGAAAGACUGCUGAAAGUUUGGAUUGGAUUAAAACUGCACAGAGAGGACUGUGUGUUGCCUGACAAGAUUCUCCGAGGGUUUAAAUGGGUAUCAGGGAAGGAAGAGUCCAACUACGCCAACUGGAAAAAAGAGCCUGUCUCCACAUGCACAGAGGAGAGAUGUGUAAGGGUUGAUUACACUUUUUCCGGUCAGAACCAAAUGAAAUGGACUGCUGGGCCUUGUAAAAACUCUGCUUUUUAUGCAUGCAAGUUUUAUUUCAAGGGGAUGUGCAAGCCUUUGGCUCUGCUGGGGCCUGGACAAAUAACAUACACGUCACCCUUCUCAAAAGAGCCACAAAGAAGUGAAAUGAAAUCAUUUCCAAUCGGAACAUAUGCAAAUAUUCAAUGCAGUAACCAGCAGUUUCACUACUCUGUGUGCAGGAAUUUGGAUGAUACCUAUAGCUGGACUGACCCUGGCCCGUUUUGCAAAGCUGGAAAGCAAAACUGUGAAAUCAACAACGGAGGAUGUGAACAUGUGUGCCAUCAAGACGCAGACGAUGUUCGAUGCUCUUGCAAAGAAGGUUACGACCUGGAAGAGGAUGGACUGACUUGCAGCAUUAAGGACUUGUGUGGUCCUGACACCUGUGAGCAUCAGUGCGUGAUUGGGGAGUCAGGAUAUUCCUGCAGAUGUCCAGAUGGGUUCAAACUGAAUGAAGACCAGCGCAGCUGCUCUGACAUUGAUGAGUGCCAGUCACAGGCCUGCGGGGAUCAUUUGUGCUCAAAUACACACGGCAGUCAUACGUGUGUGUGUAAAGACGGUUACCAAAUGGUGGAUGGUGAAUGCAGCGAUGUGGAUGAGUGCGUGCAACCAAGAUGCGAGCACAGCUGCUUGAACAGCAUCGGAUCUUUCUCCUGUUACUGCAAUGAGGGCUUUGCUUUAUCCAGAGAUGGCCACUCCUGUGUGGACAUUAAUGAAUGUGUCAGUACUCGCUGUUCAGCUGAGUUCACAUGCAUCAACACUGCAGGCAGUUUCAAGUGCACCUCCACCAAAGGCUUCCACCUGGAGAGCGAUGGAUCUACUUACUCUCCACAUGUGACCGUCCCAUCAGCUACCUCACCUGAUGACUCAGCUGAUGAGGAAACACAAGAAAAUUUCACCGAGUCUUUAACCGGAACCACGGUGGAGCUCCAGCACCAGUCCCCCCACACUGACGCACCGCUUCCACACCUGGUCAACGUUACGCACCGUGACGAGCAGAGCAACUCGUCCUUGGCCACAAGCUCUGCCAAGACCAGCAAUUCCAGGGUGAUAGUCUGCGUCCUCGGCUCAGUCAUUCCCCUGCUCGUGCUGGUCGCAGUGACUCUGUUUAUUGCAAUUUUUCGAUGCAGUCGCACCAAAAAAGAGGCCAAGAAGAAGACCACUGCAGAUGGCUACUGCUGGGUGUCCUCUGGUCUGGAUCCACGUUUAGAGAAACUGUAUGAGUCCAUCUUGACUGACGAUCUAUGACCUACUGUCGACACAGAAGACUGUUUACAACGAUUGCUGUGCUUAUUUAUGUAAUUUAUGUUCUUGCAACCUUUCUUUGGUUUGACCAUAUACUGCCAUCUGUUCUAAAUAAUAACAUAUCAAAUCACAAAUCAGGAAUCUUUGUUUCCCAGGAUGCUUUUGACCUGGUUGAGUAAAAUCACAGUACGUAAAGAUAGGUGAAGAGGAAAAAGAAGAAAAGUAUGGUGAAUGUGGCUGUUGAGAGGAAGUGCAAAUGUGUGCAGGUGAUGUUGAUGUACAGGCGUUGUUCUGAAGGGGAAGUGGGGCCUCUGGGUGUAGAGACCGACAGGGCGGUGUCUGUUAUUUCACUGGCACCGCAACAAAAAGGAAAUGUAAAUACAGUUUUAACUGAGAGAAAGUUGUACCAGAGUGUAUUGUUGAAAGAUGGCAUUCUAAUGUUAAGACCAGUAGUUUAUUUUGUAAUGUCUCACAUCGGACCAGAUUAUCUGCUGCUACACCAACAGAUAUGUUUGAGUAACGUAUGUAAACCUGUGACCACCUCCUGGCCAGAAAACAUCUUUACUGCAUCCUUCACAUGAAGGCAGAGGUGGAAGAAAUAUCCAUCAUCAUUUAGUCAAGUAGAAAGUAGAAGUACCUGUCAAAAUCCAAUUUUCACACAAGUUAAAAUACAGAUACCUACAUUUUACAACUAAAUGCACCGAAAGUAUCUAAACUGAAAUUAGUUGAUAAGAAAGGCCCUGUUGGUGUUAUUUUGCUAUACAAUCAGAUCAUUACAGUAUCACCGAUGUUUUGACAGCUAUGUUUUGUUGUUGCUGUUUGAUGGAAUCAGAUAUUAACUAUGUGCAGUGGAGUAAAGAGUACACCAUUUACAUCUCAAAUUUUAUAAAGCAUAAAGUAGCAUAAAAGUGAAACAUGCAAGGAAGUACCUCUCAAUUGUACAGAAGCACAGAACCGACAUAAAUGAACUUAGUUACUCCGCCUUUGCCACAGAGAUGUAUUUGUUCAAACCCCAGUCAAACAUUUGUUUCUCACAUCUGACUGCGCUGGUCUGGAAAUGUGUUGAUGUAAAUAUAUAAACUGUCCAUCAAAGUAUCAAAUGAAUGUAUGUUGUGUGAAGAUAAAGUCAUUCUAUCGGAAUUAAACUAAAUAAACUGUUUGUUUUAAAGUAUGA